AGCGCCGUUCGCGAGGGGGCUGGCCGCCGGGGCAGUGGGUUCCGGAGGCCCUCCGUCGUCGUCCUCGUCUGCCAGAAGCGGAGGAGGCUCCAGGGGCGAUGAGUGGGUCCUUUGGUCGCCUUCCGGCGGCGCUGCGCCUGUGGAGAGGCCCGCGGCCCUUGGCCUUCCUCGCUCGGCCGCUGAGUCAAGGCGGCGCGGCGGACGCUGCGGGCGGCGGCGGCGGCGGGUCUAAGGAGGCGGUGGAGCGCCUGGUGCGCGGCCACCCGGUGGUGGUGUUCAUGAAGGGCAGCCCGGCCCAGCCCCAGUGCGGCUUCAGCAACGCCGUGGUCCAGAUCCUGCGCCUCCACGGCGUCAAGGACUACCGCGCCUACGACGUCCUCCAGGACCCCGACCUCCGACAAGGAAUUAAGAACUAUUCCAACUGGCCUACUAUACCUCAAGUCUUCCUCAAUGGUGAAUUUGUGGGAGGCUGCGACAUACUUCUCCAGAUGCAUCAAAGCGGAGAUCUAGUGGAAGAGCUUAAAAAAUUGGGAAUUCGCUCCGCCCUUCUGGAUUCAGAGAGAGACCAUGACAAAAAAUAAACAAGCUGAUGUGACCUUGACAAAGACAGAUUUGGAUAAUUUGGUACCAGAAAAGCCUUAUGUAAUUCAGCUCAAGAAGGCAACUUUUUGCUCUAAAAUGAUGAGGUUCAUAAUUAAGUAGUUUGUUCUCACUGUACAGUAUGAUAGACCAAUAUGUGAAUAUUCUGUGUUGAAUAUUUUUAUAACCACAGCAGUGUAAAUCAAAUGUUUUGCAAACCUAGUAAAUAAGUAUUUCACUUCUA